GAAGAGGUGUGGAGGGGGCCGGGCUGAGCGACCGACCGACGGACGGACCGACGGACGGACAGACCAGGCCGGUCAGGCAGACGGAGUGGUGGCGGCUGGCAGAGCGCUGGUCUGUGCGGGGCAGCCCCCCUCCCUCCUUUCCCUCUUCCUCCUCCUCUUCCUCCUCCUCCUCCUUCUCCUUCUCGCCGCGUCUGCGCUGCCCAUGCCCGGUUGCCGGUCUCCGCGGCGGCGCCUUUUGUUCCCCGUGGGGAGGCGGGGCGCCCCUCCGCAGCCGGGCUGCCCGCCGCGCCCCUGAGCGCCGCGCUUUGGGGCGGCUGGGGGACACCCCUCCCCGAGCCCCGCGCCAUCCCCGCCCCCGGGAAGGGGGCGCGGCGCAGCGGGCCGGCCCGGCGGCGGCGGCGGGCAAGCGGGCAGGCUGCUUCUCUCCUCUCCUUCCCUCCUCCCUCACGGAGCCUGCGGACGGACGGGCAUGGUCGGCUGAGGGAGGCGGCGGCGGCGGCGGCAGCAGCAGCGGCUGCAGUAGCGGCAGCGGAGGGCAUGUCCCUGGCGGGAACCCCGGCCCCCUGAGUCGCCCGCACGGGGGUCCCCCCCUCUGUCCCCUCCCUCUCCAGACGCCAUGGACAAGCUGCCGCCGUCCAUGCGCAAGCGGCUCUACAGUCUCCCGCAGCAGGUGGGACCUAAGGCUUGGAUCAUGGACGAGGAGGAGGACGAGGAGGAAAGUGACAAGGACACCCGCAGGAAGAGCAUCCGUCUUCGGCCCCUGCCCUCGCCCUCAGCGGCUGCGGGUGGCGGGGAGCCCCGGAGCGCGGCCCCAGGCAUCAUGGAGACUGAGGUGGGCAGUCGUAGCGGCGGCGGCGGUAGCACCGCUAAGUCCAGCACCAACGGGGAUUGCCGGCGCUUCCGAGGUAGCCUGUCUUCGCUGACCAGCCGAGGCGGCGGCGGCGGUGGCGGUGGUGGCAGUGGUGGCGGUGGCGGCGGCGGCACAAGCUCUAGUGGCGGUGGCGGCGGGAGCAGCCACCUGCGCGACUCGGCAGAAGAGAAGCGUCUCAUAGGCGAGGGCGAUGCGUCCCCCUGCGAGGACAAGAGCCCCCCGGGCCUGGACGGGGAGCCCGAGCCCCCUGAGUCCCUGGGGCAGUCCCCGAUGCCCUCUUGCUCUGCGGAGCAGCCCUCCGGCUCCUCUGCCACCUGCAUCAAAGUGGAAGGAGGGGCAGGGGGUGACCAGAUCGUCCCUGACGAUGAGGCGAGGCUGGGCCAGGCGGGCUUCAUGCAGCGCCAGUUUGGAGCUAUGCUCCAGCCAGGGGUCAACAAAUUCUCCUUGAGGAUGUUCGGCAGCCAGAAGGCCGUGGAGCGCGAACAAGAAAGGGUUAAGUCGGCCGGUUUUUGGAUUAUCCAUCCUUACAGUGACUUCAGGUUUUACUGGGACCUGACCAUGCUGCUCCUGAUGGUGGGGAACCUGAUUAUCAUUCCUGUGGGCAUCACCUUCUUCAAGGAUGAGAAUACAACACCCUGGAUUGUCUUCAAUGUGGUCUCGGAUACUUUCUUCCUCAUUGACCUUGUCCUCAACUUCCGGACAGGCAUUGUUGUAGAGGACAACACGGAGAUCAUAUUGGACCCUCAGAGGAUCAAAAUGAAAUAUCUGAAGAGUUGGUUUGUGGUUGACUUCAUCUCCUCCAUCCCUGUGGACUACAUCUUCCUCAUUGUGGAGACACGGAUAGACUCUGAGUUCUAUAAGACAGCACGGGCCUUGCGCAUUGUUCGAUUCACCAAGAUCCUGAGCCUCCUUCGCCUCUUGCGUCUCUCCCGCCUCAUUCGAUACAUCCACCAGUGGGAGGAGAUCUUCCACAUGACCUAUGACCUGGCAAGCGCCGUCGUCCGGAUUGUGAACCUCAUUGGGAUGAUGCUUCUGCUUUGUCACUGGGACGGCUGCCUCCAGUUCCUGGUGCCCAUGCUACAGGACUUUCCAGGAGACUGCUGGGUGUCCCUCAACCGCAUGGUGAAUGACUCGUGGGGGAAGCAGUACUCCUAUGCUUUGUUCAAGGCCAUGAGCCACAUGCUCUGUAUAGGUUAUGGGAAGCAGGCACCAGUGGGCAUGUCGGACGUCUGGCUCACCAUGCUCAGCAUGAUCGUGGGUGCCACCUGCUACGCCAUGUUCAUCGGCCAUGCCACAGCCCUCAUCCAGUCACUGGACUCCUCGAGGCGCCAGUACCAGGAGAAGUACAAGCAAGUGGAACAGUACAUGUCCUUCCACAAACUCCCACCUGACACACGACAGCGCAUCCAUGACUACUAUGAGCACCGCUACCAGGGCAAGAUGUUUGAUGAGGAGAGCAUCCUGGGCGAGCUGAGUGAGCCACUACGGGAGGAGAUUAUCAACUUUAACUGCCGGAAGCUGGUGGCCUCGAUGCCCCUGUUCGCCAAUGCAGACCCCAACUUUGUGACAUCGAUGCUGACGAAGCUGCGGUUUGAGGUUUUCCAGCCAGGUGACUAUAUCAUCCGAGAAGGCACCAUCGGUAAAAAGAUGUACUUCAUUCAGCACGGUGUGGUCAGCGUCCUCACCAAGGGUAACAAAGAGACCAAGCUGGCAGAUGGCUCCUACUUUGGAGAGAUAUGCCUGCUGACCCGAGGGCGGCGCACGGCCAGCGUCCGGGCGGAUACCUACUGCCGCUUGUAUUCCCUCUCUGUGGACAACUUCAAUGAGGUUCUGGAGGAAUAUCCCAUGAUGCGGCGAGCUUUUGAGACUGUGGCUUUGGACCGGUUGGACCGCAUUGGCAAGAAAAACUCUAUCCUUCUGCACAAAGUCCAACAUGACCUCAACUCAGGAGUCUUCAACUACCAGGAGAAUGAGAUCAUCCAGCAGAUUGUGCAACACGACCGAGAAAUGGCGCACUGUGCACACCACGUUCAGUCGGCUGCGGUCUCCACUCCCACUCCGGUCAUCUGGACCCCCUUGAUUCAGGCUCCCCUGCAGGCAGCUGCUGCUACCACCUCUGUGGCCAUCGCUCUCACCCAUCACCCCCGCCUCCCCGCCGCCAUCUUCCGACCCCCGACUGGCGCCGGCUCCGGGCUGGGCUCGCUGGGUGCUGGGCAGACUCCGAGGCACCUGAAACGUCUCCACUCCCUGAUCCCGUCUGCCCUGGGCUCUCCAGCCAGCACCCCAUCCCAGCUGGAUACUCCUUCCUCGUCCUCCUUCCACAUCCAGCAGCUGGCUGGCUUCUCGGCCCCUGCGGGCCUCGGCCCCUUCUCUUCGGCCAGCUCUCCUCCUGCUGGCCCCGGACCGCCCCCACCAGGGGCCUGUGGCUCCCCGCUUGAGACGGCCUCGGCAGCUCCCACCACCCCAGCCGCCACUGGCUUCGGCCACUUCCACAAGGCGUCGGGAGGCUCCCUCUCCUCCUCUGAUUCACCAUUGCUCACCCCACUUCCCAGCCGUACCCGGUCCCCUCCAGGCACUCAAGUGCAGCCACUGGCUGGGGCUGCAGGGGGGCUGGGGCUCCUGGAACACUUCUUGCCGCCUCCAGGCUCUUCAGGCUCCCCAUCCUCUAGCCCAAGUCAGCUGGUUCAACCACCUGGAGCCUCUUCCCCAGUCUCCGUCCCACCAAGUGCAUUAGGGAUGUCACCAAUGCAGCCUGAGAGGCUGCCCUUUGCCAUGGGGGCCUCUGGAGGGGUGUCCUCGGCAGCCUUCACACCCAGGGGCCUCAGCCCCCCGAGUCAGAGCCCAGGCCCAGGGAGAACUUUUCCGUGCGCCCCACCCCGGGCAUCAGGUUCCCAUGGCUCCCUGCUUCUGCCCCCUGCCUCCAGCCCCCCACCACAGAUCCCCCAGCGCCGGGGCACCCCACCUCUCGCUCCAGGCCGCCUCACACAGGACCUCAAGCUCAUCUCAGCCUCUCAACCAGCCCUCCCUCAGGAUGGGGCUCAGACGCUGCUCAGGGGCUCCCCUCACUCCUCAGGGGAGUCCGUGGCUGCCUUCCCACCUUUCCGGGGUGGAGGCGGGGGCUUUGGACCCCUGGGAAGGCCCUUUGGCACAGGCCCGACUCAGAGAGUCACCUUGCCUCGGCAGACGUCCUCAGGUUCUUUGCCCCCACCCCCACCGUUGUUUGGGGCUGAAGCUGCCUCCCCUGGGGGCCCCCCCCUGACUGCUGCCCCACGGGGCCGAGAAUCCACAGGGCUGGUGGGUGCUCCAGAGCCACCUGUCCGCUCCAAACUGCCUUCUAACCUCUGAACUGGGGCUCUUACUCUUGCCCCCAAUCUUUUCUUUCUCCCUCCUUCCUUUCUUCAGGUUUAACUGUGAUUAGGAAAAUGACAAUAACAGUAAUAAUUAUAAUAACCCCCAACACACACACACACACAGCCCAGGACGGGAGAGCACCAGGCAUUCCUCGAGCUCUAGAUUUGGGGGUCACUUGCUUUUAGAGGUUCUUUGACCACUUGAGGAAAGGGGGGAGGGAGGGAGGGCCUGAGAGCCCAGGAGGGAAUGCGGGGAGAUGGGGGGAAGUCAGAUAUGUCCUGGGGAACCAGAUGGGGGGCCGGGGUGGGAAAGGCUUUCCCUGAGAAAAUAUCCCCCCUUCUUUGUUUGAGGUGAGCCGGUAUCCCUGGCCCCUGAGCGGAGGGACCUGAGCUCCAGAGGCUGAAGAGUGUCCCGUCCCCUUUCCAACCUCAGUCCCAACCUCUUUCCCCUCCGCCUUCCCCUGGGGAAGGGUCCCACGGAGUUGGGGAGGGGGAGCUCACCACUGAGCCGGGGUUGGCUGGCCUAGCAAUUUUCUACCAUGAACCUAACGAGCUAUAGAUAUGUAUAUGUAUGUAUGUAUGUAUGAAUGUACAUGUAUAGCCACAUAGAGCCCUGUAUAGCCAUGUAGAUACUGACAAAACAGACACUCGCUGUAGUUUUAACCCAACAGUGCCUGGCAGCCCAGGCCAUAGUGUACAUAGGGCCCCCCUGGCCCCGAGCCCAGCUUUGUAGAGCCUUUCCUUCCCCAGAGCCGGGGACCCCAGGGCAGCCCCCUUCUCAGCCUCAGGGCAGGGACUUCCACAGCUGGGAUAGAGCAGACAUCUCAGCAAGGUCCCCUAGCUAACCGGGCCCCCUCCCACCCCGACAUCAGGGAGUGGGGAGCCGGAAAGCCUGGGCUCCCAUCCCAGCUCUGCCCCUGCCUCCCUGGGAACCUGGGGCUGUUUGCCCUUUCUUUCCGAGGUUGUUUCCAUAUCUCUCAAGGGAGGGGGUUGGUUUUGAUGAUCUCUAAGGUCUCUCCAGCUCCACUAUUCUAAGAUUCCUCUCCCAAGGCCCUCUCUGCCCCAGUUUUAUAGUGGGGGCUCCUUAUUUCCUGGGCACGGGGCUCCCAGAUGGAAAGACUUCAGAGCUCCCCAGCAGCCCCUCACCUGCCACCUGCCUCGGUGAGGCAGAAACCUCCCAGCUAAAAGCACAGACCCUCCCUGAGAAUGGAGGAAGGGACCGAGCUGGAGGGUCUGAGGUCAGCACUCCAUCCUCAGGCUCUUUAAGGGUCAGGGUCCCAGGGGGUCUCCUGCCCUGCCCCAUAACAGUCACCAUCCUAAGACCCAGGGAGCAACAAGGUGGGUCUGUCCAUGUCUCAGCAGCAUCUGUCUGGGAGUGGCGAUGGAAGGAGUUAUCCUAUUGUGAUCUGGCAGCCAAAGGACUGUUAGCCACAAAAAUGGGCUCCCCUGGCCACAAGGCUCCCCUUCAAAAGCUUCCUUUCAAUUCUCUGCAUCACCUGUUUGCCUAGCCUCGUGCUAGGUGCUAUGGAGAAGACACUCCCUUGUCCUCAGGAAACUCAAAAUCUAGUUUGAGUGAUGAUACAAAGAAAACUAAAUGGCAAAAAAAAAAGACCGUCAAUAAAAGGCCAAAUGAAGGAUGAAGACAGCAAGUACCAUGGGGUGGAAGGCAGGGAGAAGUGGUCACUGCAGACUAGGAUGAGGGGGGAAGCUCCCUGGGGAAGAGAGGGGAGUGGACUUAAGCUGGCCAAGGAAGAGUGAGGAUAGGAGUGAGAAAGGGGCUUCCAUAAUUGGGACGAUGGUGUGAGCUGAGUUAAUAGUGCAAUUGGGUAACAAGGAGGAAAUUAAGCUGGUUUAUUGGGUUGAUGGGUUUUGGGGAGCCCCCUGGAUCAAAGGAUGGGCUUAUAGAAUGGGGGUGGACUAUGGAGAACUCAAUGCCACCCUAAAGAAUUUGUACUAUAUCCCCAAUCCUGGAUCAUAGAAUGUUAGAACUAGAAAGAAAUUUAGACAGCAUCUAGUCCUAUCCUCCUCACUUUAAAGGAGAAAUAACUUACCCAGAAUCAUUUGCAGAGCUCAUCCAUGGCAGAAUUCAGGUCACGGUCUAAAAUUCAGGUCUCUUGACUCACUGUCUAGAAGGCAAUGGGGACCCACUAUGGAUUCUGGAAUAGCAGCCAUGAUGGAAAGAGUGUGGAUUUUGCCCAGGGUUGGAGUAGGAAGAAUUUGGGAUUGGGAGGUGGGGGGAUGGAGGGGAAGGUCUGCUGGUUAUGCCACCACCAGUCCUGUGCACUCCCAAGAAAGACCAGAAAUGACCAUUCACCAAGACUUUCCCUUGAAUUCUACUCUUCCACCCUACCACCUCAGCCCUCCCCUCACCCCCAUUCCUGUGGAACUAGGUCGGCUACCAUGAUCGCUGUCCUUGGUUCAGAAGUGGGAAGAUUGUAGGUGCUUAAUAAAUGUUUUUUUGGAUUGAUUUAUUGUGGGGGAAGAUAAGCAGAGUGCUAGGUGGGACAUUUGCUGCUCUCUAGUUCCUCUAGGAAACAGUUGGCCUCUGAGACUCUCUUUCCCCCUAUACCUUUGUUCUUUAGUCAGCCUCACUCUGCAAGAGACCCAGGUCAAGGGUGGAAAAGAUUCUUUGUAAUCAAACUUUGAGCUGAGGUUGUGAAGGGAACAAUGGCAGCCCUGAACUGAGGCCAUGGGCUGAGAGAAUUAGAAGAGAUUGAGUUCCUAUUGCCUGGGCAUUCUGGAAUGACCUUCAGGAAAUCCAGAAUUCUCCUCCCAAGGGGUUUGAGAUCAGGGCAUCCAAGGAGAGCUCCACGUUUAGAUCAAGAUGGGGCUGGGAGGAAGGGCUGGCAAGCUAGGCUUUGCCCCCAGAGGAUCAUGGGAAUUCUUUCCAGAUAUGGGUACCUCCAGGUUUCUGAGCCUGUGAAGCCUACCCAGCAGAACGUCUAGACAAGGGGGGUGGGGAGUGACCAGGGCAGUUCUAAGUAACACCACAGGACAACAGGCUGGAAUAUCCUCAACAAUAACUUGUUGGAGUUGACACUCUGUCGGGGUGCCUGGUAGGUGGGGAGAGAGAGGCCAGCUGGUCUCUCUCUCUCUCUUUUUUUUCUUUUAGGAGAUCAGCCAUACCCUGGCUCAGCCCAGUCUCAGAUGAUGUGAUUGGGGAAAGGUCUGGCUUUGGUAACUACCCUGGUACUCCAGCCCCUGGGGCCAUGCUCCUACAGUGCCAGAUGGAUAGGAUCUGAUUGGUAGGUUUUCUCUGUGUUGUCCAUGACUUUUCCAAGCUAAAAUAAGACUUUGGGAUGGGGGGGUGAUCCGUGUCCUCCAGGCCCGUGGCUCGGGAAUUAGCGUUCCUCUGCCUGGCCCCAGGGGUGCAGAAGUAGCCCGAGCCACGCCUUGUAGCAAAGUCUGGCUAUUCCCGGCCAGCAGAUGAGAACUGGAUUAGGUUUAGAAUGGCUUCGACCACGGCACAAUUUGCCCAGUGAAGUAGUGAGCCUCUCAUCACUGGAAGUCUUCAAGGGGAGGCUGGACGACCCCCAUCGGGACGUUGUACUGGAUGGUCCGGGAGUUCCCUCCUAGAGCGAAGGUUCUGUGCUCCUGGGUGUGAGCCCAUCCUCCACACACCCCCCAAUUUUCCCACACAAAUAUUGUGGGGCGACUAUUUGCAGCCCCAUAAAUAGGCUCUUAGACCACCUUCCAGACGCCAGGGAUUGAGCUCUAACGGUGGGUUUUCAGGCGCAGGACCUGUCAGUUUGGGGAGGUGGGUUUUUUUCUGGGAUGGGGUGGGAAGGGGAGAGGGCGCGUUCCUUGCGCUCUCAAAAGCACCUCUAAGAGAGACUCCUGCGUGCUCUGCCUGCGAGCAGGGUCGGCACCCCUACUGGGAAUGAAGGGCAGAAGGGAGGCGCUGGUGGAGCCAGUGUGGACCGGCACUCGGUCCCUGCCGCAGAUCUCUUAAGUGAAUCGCUAGAAGGGCGGGGCCUAGCUUCCCCUCCUCUGCUGGGACUCUGGGGGCGUCCCCGGCCCCUGAUACUCCACGGGGUCGUCAUCGUGGCCCCCACUGACAGGGGCUCGUGGGGGAUAAGCUUGGGCUGGGGGAAGGGUGCUGUGGGGCACCCGAACGCCCCGUCUUCAUCGCCCUCUCCCAGCCAUACCCCUCACCCUCUUCCCCCGCCCCGCAGAGCUGGCCAUUUUGGAUUCUUCCACUUUUAAAAACAGAAAAAACGGUGACUGCACCGGAUUGUAUAUUUUAUUUAAAUAAAACAAAAACUUUCAACAGCC